GGGGGCAAGAUGUCGGACCUGGCGGACUGGAUCGGGGGCAUCCCGCUGAUCACGCGCUACUGGUUCUUCCUCACCGUCGGGUUCACCAUCGUCGGCAAGAUAGGCUUGGUCAACCCCUAUUACCUCGUCCUCUUGUCCGACCCCUUCUUCAAACAGUUCCAGAUCUGGAGGCCGAUCAGCGCAAUGUUGUUUUACCCAGUCAACCCAAUGACUGGGUUUCAUUAUCUGGUGAACUUAUAUUUUUUGUAUCAGUAUUCAUCACGACUAGAAACAGGUUUGUUUGAUGGACGGCCAGCCGACUACCUGUUCCUGCUUCUCUUCAACUGGGUCUGCAUAGCUAUUGCUUCCGUGACCGUGGGUCUUAGGGUUCUGAUGGUUGCCGGGGUCAUGUCCGUGAUUUACGUUUGGGCCCAGGCGAACAAAGAUGUCACUGUAUCGUUUUUGUUUGGGACGCAGUUUAAGGCGUUCUAUUUACCGUGGGUUAUCCUGUUAUUCAAUCUGAUCGUUUCAGGAGCUUUCAUCGAAGAGCUGAUUGGCAAUCUGGUUGGCCAUCUGUACUUUUUCUUAAUGUACAAAUAUCCAUUAGACUUGGGAGGAAGAAGUUUCCUAACAACACCUCAGAUUCUGUACCGCUGGCUGCCCAAUAGGAGAGGAGGAGUAUCGGGAUUUGGCGUUCCACCUGCCAGUUGGCGCAGACCAGCCGACGACCACCAGGGCGGCGGAAGACACAACUGGGGUCGGGGCUUUCGACUUGGUGAUCAAUGAAAGAA